CUCAGCUGGGAAACCCUCCCCUUCACCCACACCAUGAAACUCUGCGUGACUGUCCUGUCUCUCCUCGUGCUGGUGGCUGUCUUCUGCUCUCCAGCACUCUCGGCACCAAUGGGCUCAGACCCUCCCACGGCCUGCUGUUUCUCCUACACCCUGCGGAAGCUUCCUCGCAACUUUGUGGUAGAUUACUACGAGACCAGCAGCCUCUGCUCCCAGCCAGCCGUGGUAUUCCAAACCAAAAAGGGCAGGCAAAUCUGUGCCAACCCCAGUGAUGACUGGGUCCAGGAAUACAUGGAUGACCUGGAACUGAACUGAGCUGCUUCAGGCUGAGGGACAGGAGGUCUUCAGGGAAGGUCACCUGAGCCUGGACACUUCUCAGUGAGAUGCACCU